UUUUGGCUGGUGUAUCGGAAUUUUGCCUAUGUAUAAAAACUUGUGUUGUCUAUCAGGCUUAGCUGUUUGAAUUUUUACUUAUUCGGAUGUUAUAAAUAGAUAUUUACAGGAAGGAGAAGAAAACGAUUGUUUACGGGUGACAAAUCGAUCAGAGAGUCAUAAGUCAAGUUUGUUGACAUGAUGUGGAAGUCGCGUCCAUUAGCAACCAAAAGCACUCAUGUGUAGCGAACAAAUAACUUUGAAUGUUUAGAAAUGGGACGGUUUGAAUUGUUAUUGUAUGCCUGAAAUUAUCGCCGUGAAAUGAGCGAAGUAAAUGCAAAAGAUGGUACACAAGAAGAAACGUCAACUCGGGUUUUAUAUGAACAACUACAGAACGAAUACAACAAGCUUUUAAAGCAAUACGCUGCCGCAGAGAAUACUAUAGACGAGCUACGGACAGGGGCUACCGUUCAUUUAUAUACUGAACCUAUAGAAAGUAGACUAAAUAGUCGUUUAAGCUACGAUGAAGUGAGAUUUUCAAAGAGUAUCAAUCUACCAAGGCCACUAAAUGCAACUACAAGUGAAUACUCGACCAUGAAUGGCAUUUGUAGUACGAAUACUUCAGGCAGUCGACUUGAGAAUAUCAGAACGCCAUCUCCAGAACGAAAUAAUGGACAAUAUCUCUCCCUUGAAGCUAGAAUACAUGCUUUGAAGCAAAACGUAGCCACUGUUGAAUGUAUUUUAUCCGAAAGCGCGUUAAAUAAUGAAGAUAAUCUAAACGAACUUCUUGGUAUUUGUACUCAACUUUAUAAGGAACAUGGCAUACUGACACGCGAGUUAAAAUUGCAGUCACGAAAUACUAUUCAUCGUUCUGGGCAAAGCGAUGAAAACGGUUUCACGAAAACGGAGUUAGAAAAAGAGCUGUACAGAAUUGGACUGCGUAUUGAAGAAAUUCAAGGUGACAUUAUGGCUAGAUUGAAGACAAAGAAACAUGCUGUGAAGAAAUUCGAAACACCUCCGAAUCAUGCCAAGUCAACGCUGGGGACACAUUUGGAGGGCCUUGUCAGAGAGAUGAAAGAUUUAAAAGAUGCCAGUAUUAGAAGCAGUGAUGAGGUUCUUAAUAGUUCUAGAAAAGAAAACUCUUUAAGAAAAAGUGUUUCACCCAAUGGGAAAAAUUCAGAACAUACGCAGGACUUCGCGCAGGACCUCGCGCAGGACAUGCUGGACGCACGGUAUUUGGCUGCAAGUCCCGUGAAUUUGGAGUAUCCACCAGUAGACGAUCUCUCUGGAAGUGAACGAGGAUCUGAUAACAGCAGUGAACAAGCAUUUGGUAUGACCUGGCCCCCCACUCGCAAUGUCCCUGACUCAGACAUUGGCGUUUUACGUCACAGUUUCUCAGACGCUCUGCAGGAUUAUCACCGAAAUGAUUUUGAUCAUUCUAAACAGAGCCCUCGAAAUAGUGACCAGGCUAAAGCAGACCAUUUCAACUCGGGCAAUUCCUUAAAAGAGCAACAUUCCGGACAGCUAAGACAACACAGACCAGAUCUGAAUACCUCAAUGGAUCAUUUCAAUUCCACACGACAACAUUCUCCGUCUUGGAAUGAAGACGUUUUACGGCACAGCUCUGAGCCAGACAGAUCAGCGGACUAUAGCAACUUAGGGCACGAUAGCAAAGUCUGUGAAAACCUGGGCCCUACAAAUGAAAAUUCACCGUUUUCUAGCCAAGAAACUGUACGUUGCAGGUCUGACUCAAAGAUCCCAGUCGGUGAGAAAAAUGAACAUCUCCACUCUGGAGAACAUUGUGAUCAGAAAUCUGUCCGUCAGAAAAAAAGGCACGAGCAAUCGGCAAGAGAAUUGCAGGAAUACGAAGCAGCCCGGAACAAAACCCCUGAUUUACAACGUUUUAGCUCGCCUGAUGUGAAACCUCGAAAGUGUAACAGUAUGUCAAGUUUUGGAGACAGCAGUCGCAUGUCUACGCCUCUUUUUCGCCCAUCUCGUGGAUCUACGCAGGUACCGAAAUAUAAACGACGAAAUACAAAUGAUGACGUCGACAGCGGUUUCGUGGGUUCGGAGGCUAGUCGUAGCUCACGACUGACUACGGACCAUUCCGACGGCGUGCAAAAAUUAGGUAUCUCCAAUCAAUGGGACUCAAGUUUACAGCUUGAUUUAGUGUCGGAAAUUGAUGAAAACGAGGUUUCAUCGUCUCCCGAACAAAUGUCGACAACUUGCGAAGAUGGACGGAGAUCUCCGAUUAAGGCUUUAACAAGACGUCAACUGGACGAACAUUCAAAAUUUAUUAACUCUAGUCCGAGCCCCCUGUCAUCCCCAGAAAACAGCUUCAGAACACCCGAAGGUCGUUUUGGGUACAAAACAUCACAUACUAGGUUGCCUAGCAAUGGCAACUUGUUACCAGUCCACGAUACCCAUGAUCCAGAAAUUUCAAAUGGCAGAACACGUGGAAGUGAAAGAGCUCCAGUAGAACACAGGCCCCACUCACGUCGGGGUUCAAGUAUUGAUGGGACAUCAGCAUUAAUUGAAACAUCGGUGGACAGACAAAAUAUAAGUCGAAAGUACAGUGGUCCGAGUGAUGUUCCACCUGAGGCGACUGCGGACAUUAGUAACAGUGGAUUUGGCAACGUUGGAUCGCGUGACAAAACGAACGAACAUAAAAACGAAAGGAAACUACAAUCUUUACGUAGCGAACUUGAUUCUCUUCACGAUCAUGUGAGCAAAUUGCAACAUCCACGUGUCACAAUGGAUACAUACGACGAGCUACGAGAUCACGACGAACAGUUACGGAGAGCCUAUGAGCGCAGACACGAUAGAAAACUUGACGCUUUAAGACAUGAAAUAGAGCAGUUAAAGAAUAAUAUUAAUAGAUCAAGACAGCCAUCCGUGAAUCGUCGGUUACCUGAUCAGGAUUCGGAAUUCUACGACGAUUUCCGAAACGAACUUCGGAAAAUUACUGAAAAGUUAAAUGAACUAACUGUAAUCCAGGGUAGCGAAGCUGAGCAACUAGAGUCCCGCAGUGACCGUGAUUCGCCCCACGACGAAGCCAUGGCAAAACGGUUCAGUAAUUUGGUUCGGAAGGUGGACGAACUCCGCCGCAGAAUUGAAAACGACGCUCGCGAUAAUUCUGAAGCUUCUCACAAAAAUUCACGACAUUUUUGUCAUCUUUGUGACGACGCUGACGAGCAUCGCCAUCGGCACCGAACUGUAAGCACUUCUUACCAUCAACCACGGACAUCAACGCCGUUUGUUUCUGACCUCCAUCGACCUUACGAACAGUUUCCAAGGGCAAAGGUUCAACACAGACACUAUCUAUCUUCAACAUAUCCUGGUACAACACCACAGCAAUCUCCCCUUGUCCAUCAUAUCCACACGUACCACCAAGGUCCAGAACUCAAGCAAGACUAUGAGACUGACUCUGAUGAUGAUAACUAUGUGAAGAGAACUUCUCAUCGGAAACGCAGACUUCAUCGAACACGUUAUCAAUCACGUCUGGAUGCAUCUUACGGUGGUCGUGUCUCUCUUGACGAGGCUCGUCGAGCGGCUCGUGAUGUUCAGCGGCUUUCGAAGAAUAUUUUAAACACGAUAUCCUUAGACUUGACUUCAUUAAGAAGCUAGCAUCAAUAAGAUAUAAAUUAUAGUUAUAUGUAUACAUUGGUCUGUUCUGACUGUUCAAUGGUGUUACAUACCAUUACCGUUACUUACUUAUCAUCAAACAUUGCGGGAAAAAGGUGUUGUUGGUGUCGUUGGGACAGAAUAGGUAGUUAGUAAUACGUUGAAAACAUUAUGAGAUAUCUAAAUGGCUUGAAAUAUUUUAAAAGUAUGUGUUAUAGUUUAAUAUCAGAGUGACGAAAUAAUAACUUAUUUUAUAACCGUUGCACCACUGGGCACUGGCACUGUGUGUUCACUAAUUGAACUUGGGUGCUUUCCUUUAUACGGUAAAAACUGUCAGACCGGUCCUUGUUGUAGUCCCCCCAUCUUCGCACAUUUUAAAUGUGCCAGAUUCUUAUCAAGUCCCUUUUUUCUGAUUGCUAAAAUAAUCUAUUUUUAUGUUCAAUCCAAAAAUGAUUCAGUUGUAUAAUGCUAUGUGAUCCAGUAUCGUGCAGUAAUAGCAGUAAUAUAAAACUUUUA